GAAAUGCAGCGGCACUAGCCUAAAUUACAUCUCUGCUCAACUACAACGAUCACCUUCUCCCGAAUUAACUCAGCAAUAUGGCAGUAUUGCUCCAUCCCUCUCCAAGAAGUGUCUGCUUGGCCUUUGCAAUUGCAGUGUGUCUUUUGCUCCCAUGCUGCUUUGGUAGCAAAGCUGCCGUGGAAAUGUUCGAGAAGGCUUGCCAUUGCUUCGACGAUCACAACGUGUACAGCGAGUGCAAGGAGGAGCUUCGGCUGGGGGUGGAGGGGGCGUUCCAUGUGGGGAAGGAGAGCGUGGACGAGUACUGCGGUGGGCCGUGCCUGAUGGAGACGAAGAUGGCGCUGCAGUGCGUGGAGGAGGUCGCCCACGACGGCUUCAGGUUCUACAGCGGCGCCUCGCUGCCCGCGGUCAAGGCCGCGCUCGACACCGGCUGCAGCUACACUCCUGACAGAGGGACGUUUGAGAUUAGGGAGCGUAAGCAGUGCGGCGACGAGUACUACCACUACAGCCACCACGAGCAGACGACGGAGCAGCAAUACGGUGGGUACUAUGGCAGCGAGGAGGGCGAAUACCCAACUACGACUAGUACGCUUCCUGCUUCAGACUACUGCUACGGCGCCGGCGCCAGCAGCCUAGGCCUUCGCUACAGCCUGCUGCAGAUGCUCAUGCUCUUCUCCGCUUCUAUGGUGCUUCUGCUGCUUGUAAUAUAAGGAAUACAAUACUCCGAUACAGUUCAUCGUUUUAUAUCUAUACUUUUUACUAUUUUUUAGAAUAUGUAAAAGGAUUACGCACUUUUGUAUUAAGAGGUAUAAAAUUUAUACAAACAGCAAGCAAAGAAGAGAGACGGGAAAGAAAAGGGGAAAAAGGAAAAUAUAUGAA